GGCACCAUGACCCUUUCAAGUCCUCCCGAACCCAACGCGUGGGCGCAACUCGACGCCAAGUUGGUCGACCUGAUUGACGAGCUCUGCAAUACGGAGUAUGACUCGUUUCUUUGUACCUAUAUCGACCAGGCGUUCAACAUCCGCUGCGAGUAUAGCGAUGCAGACUCUGUCCCGACGUGCCCACGACCGCCGCGUAAGGCCUGUCGCGUUGCGGUCGAUCCUCAGCGUUAUCCUUCGGCAUUUGAUUGGGCCGCCGCUUUCCGCCGCGCCGCGCACUCUUUUCUCUCGCGCCGGCAGGCAGCGGUGCCGCUCCUUCGCGAGUUCUCAGGACACGACCCUCAGGAGGAUUGCCUCGCAGGACCGAAUAUCCAUGAGAGCGGCCAUAUAUCGUGGGCCGGGGAAGCUAUAAUUGAGCACUCAGCCACGCACUGGGGCUGCAUCCUCGCCGACCAAACAGCGCCGGUGGACCCGCGUCUCAACCGAAGCCGGGCGGACAAGUAUCUCCUCCGAAGCGAGCUACUCGCAUGCGCGUGCCUUAUGCGCCUUGAGAUCAACGACACGCUAUGGGAGGACGAGUUCAGAGGCUGGAGACUCCGUGUCGGAAACAGCCCUAUCAAGAGCACGGUUGUUUCUUUUGAAGAUACCCGAGUCCGGGUGAUUCAGGCCUCAUACGAUCCCUCGUCACCAACGCCUGCUCUUGUCGUCACACUACGAGGAUCAUACACUCUUGAUACAGGCGCGAUUGCCACUUGCUCAGAGGCCACUGUCUGGGCUAUCUUGUGGUGGAUUCUCAACCCUGACGGGCUGUCUGAUUCGCUGACCGCCCCAAGUCAGAGAAGCCAAAUGAGAGACCGUUGAGGCCGCGGAGGGAGGAGCGUCGUGUACCGAGCCAUGGCUCUGCGACGUCUUUGGGAUCACAGCAAUCCACGGCGGGUUCAUUACACAGUGGCUCCGCAAGCGCAGAUGCCAGCAGUUGAGAACAACGAUGAUUUUAACAAACGGCUCGGCGCUCGAGCGGGCCGCCACGGAAGGCAGCAUUCCAGGCGGUGGAAGGGGCAAGGACGGAGGACACCGGAUUGUAUGAUCAGAUGAGGGGCUACUUGGCAACUGUCAUUCUAAAGGAGCGAAACCCCCAGAAGGCCGAUAGCUACGAAAAUGAAAUAGCGACAUACAAGCACCUUCGACAGCUCCAGGGCCACUGCAUCCCACGUAUGUUUGGCGAGGUCGCCA